CGUUUAUCUUCCUCCCUGAAGAUUUUUACAACGUUGGAGAGCAUUAUGCAAAACACAGUUUGCAUGGAGGCCUUGUCAGCACUCUCUGGGUGCAAUGUCGAGGCAACAACCGGACCCUCGCAGCUCACCUCACAGGAUUUUGUCAACAUUGUAGCCCUCAGAGAGUUUUACAAACAGGAGGGAUUUCAGGAACUAGAGUACCCCAGUUUGGGGACAUUAUCCUUGCAAGACAUGGAAAAUCAGGACAUGUACAGCUCUCCACCAGCCCUGACUGGCGAACCUGUGGUGAGCCUUAGACCAACGGUUAGGGUCAAUCCCCAAGACUUUUUCCAUCCACAGUUUGACUACGAUUUCACCAACAUAAAGGAUGGUGAUAAGACAUUUCUGCGUGGAAAUGAGAAGUACAUUCGCCCCUGUGGAUGGAAACGAUUCGCCCUGCGUGUCCUAGACAAGUACCCAGAUGGGAAUAAUUGGCUUGGGACAGGGACCAACGCCUGGCCAGUCUCCUACCAUGGCCACAACAUGGACGGCUCCCUCGGCAUCAUCCUCACCCGUGACGGCCCACCAAACGACGCGCCAGACUUUCUGGAUGCCUGCGCUGCCUCUCUUCUAAAGCCAGACACCAAAGGCAGAGGGGUGUACUCCACCUCAGACAUCAAGAUGGCUGAGAAGUAUUGCAAGAUUUUCAAGUCCAAGGAGAAUGGGAAGCAAUAUAAGGUGGUUCUUCAGAACCGUAUCAACCCAGAAAAAAGGCAGAAGUGCCAGAGAGAGGAUGUGUGGUUGGUGUACAUCCCUGAAGGCUGCAACGAUGUGCAAAAGAAAGCCCUCGUGGAGGAUUCCCUCCGUCCUUAUGGGCUGCUGCUGAAGCAGCAAUAACUUUUUGGAUAAUUGGUACUCGAGGUUUUCAGGGUUAUCAUCACGGUUUUCACCUCUGGAAAAAUGAAAUGCUUUAGAGGAAAUAUAUGAAAUCCGUGUCCAAAUUUCUUAACUUAGGCUUUAUUCUUUUCAGGAAAAGUUCAAUUCGAGAUAGCAAGAGGGAAAACCAGGCUUUGCAUUAUGGACACGUUCCUCUUACAUACAUGAACUCCACAUUCCUUGAGUUGAAUUUUAAGGUAUUAUAAACAUGCAUCUUCUAAAGAUACUUUGAAAUACUACUGUUAAAAUAAAUGAUGCAUACGGAUAUAUAGAGAUGCUUUGUCAAUUUAGUUUCUUCUUUGACUGCAACUUUUUACUCUCUGUAAAAUGGUGCAAUUGCAACAUAUUUGAGAUAUUAUUGCACAUAACUGAGGUGACUUGACAAAAAAAAUAUAUAAAUUCUUUACACUGAAUGCUUUUUACUCUCAAUUAUACAAUGAGUGAUAAACCUGUCAUAUCGCAAAAAUUAUUGAAGUAAUUUAUUGUUCCUUUAAAAUGAAAUUGUCGCUAAAAAUUAUGUUUUUUUUAAUGGUCUGUCAUAUUUUCUAACAUGUCUAACGUUCCAGUUAGGCCUGAAUGACAGUUCAAGGUUGUCUGUUAAGUCUCAACUUUUUCCUAAAACUCUGUAACUGAGUAUGAAUGAAUGUAAUAAAAUGGAAAGCAUGGAAAGCAUGAUUUAUAAUGUUCUAAUUCCGUACUUUACUGUAAUAUAGUGCAUUGUCCAUCACUGACAUCACUGACAUCAACUGUCACAUUUAGAGACAUUAAGAGAACAGAUGACUUUGUGUUUACUUGUGUCAUUUUAAACCAGUAAAACCUGUUUUCAAAACACAGUGCAUCUUAUAGUUCAGUUCAAACGUACAAAAUGUGCUUCACACUUUUCAAACUUGAGCUUUGAGUGAAGUAUUUUCAUGUUAAUACUGAAAUUUAUAUGACUAUUACUGUUAAUAUCAUUAUUGAUAUUACUCUGUGACCCUAGAUCUUUAAUAGAUUAAUUAAGUUUAAGAAAAGUUUUCGUUUAAAGAUACCAUCCAAUGGUGUGCUUUUUUAUCUCUAAAACAUGGUUAUCAACAAUAGAAGAGACAGCUGGGUGAUAAAGCAUUUAUUUCUACUGUGGGAUUUCAA